AAUGUUGCGCCGGUUUGUUGCGUCGGCAUCCAGAAGGCCGUUCUCUACCAUGACUUCCUCAAUGACACCAAUGGAAGAUGCUAUCAAGCAAAAGGUAUACACAACAAGUCAAUGGUCAACAUUGUUUCAGAUGCUUUCAAAUCAAAGAUGCAGCCAGCGAGACACAGAAUGGUGUACACACUGCUGAAAGACGAGAUGGCUGCUGAGGGCGGCAUUCAUGCUCUCCAGCUCAAGACUCGCACGCUUGAGGAAGAGGAGAAAGUAAAGGCACGAGAGUCAUGA